AUGAGUGCUAACCCUUUUACAAAGCAUCUAGGGGAUGUUACAGAUCCAACAGAUUUUAGAAAUACCAGACUCCCUGUACUUGCAGAACUUGAUGUCCUUGAGAGAUGCUAUAUAUGCAAAGAGUUCUUCCGAGCUCCCGUUUCAACAACCUGUAAUCAUACCUUUUGUUCACAAUGUAUCCGAGAAUAUCUAAUAACUAAUAAUCUAUGUCCUUUAUGCAAAUCAGAAGUAUUUGAAAGUAAUUUGAGACGCGAUGUUUUGUUGGAAGAAAUCGUGACUUGCUAUUCAAAGAUACGACCACAUCUUUUAAAAUUGAUAAAGAAGGAUCCAAUAAAAGAUGAUGAGAGAAUAGAAGUAGUUGCGAGUACUAAGAAACGACAGUUGGAAGACGUGGAUAUUAUAGAAAUUGCAUCAGAUGACGGAGCAAGUAGUGAUGAGAAUAAACGAAUGAAAAUGGAACCAUCCUCAAGUGAUUUACAAGAUAUUCCUAGCAUCCCUAGUAGUGAUGAUUUAGUUUCAUGUCCUGUAUGUGAAAUGCAGAUGUCUGCUGAAGUCUUGCAAAACAGCCAUAUUGAUGAUUGUUUGAAUGGGAAAGUUCCGAGACGAAGUAUCACUAGGAUCACCUCCAAAACGAAGCAGUCACCUAGAAAUUCGAUCUCAUCAUUCUUCAAGCCUGUAUCAAGUACACCAGUACGAUCAUCGCCCUCCCCUAGUCCACCGACAACAUUAGGUAAUGCGGACUAUUAUUUUAAUGAAACAACGAAGCAAACUCUUGAGACAAAACGACUUUCGAAGCUUGAUUUUCUGUCAUUAACUACACCAAAGCUCAAGGAGAAACUUUCAGCAUUGAAACUACCAACACAAGGUACCCGAAAUCAAUUAGAAUUAAGAUAUAAUCAAUACUUUGUGUUGUAUAAUUCGAAUCUUGAUAGUAAUAGACCAAUUUCCGAUAAGAUUUUAAGGCAAAGAUUGAAUCAAUGGGAAUUAUCACAUCUGGCAUUUAAUAACCAAAACGGUGGUUUGUUUAGAAGUCGAAGUAGCAUUAGCAAUAAGUCAAUUACUGAUAAGAAUUUCCUGGUAAAAGAAUGGAUGGAUGCUUAUCAACAAGAAUUCAGAGAGUUGAUUAAGGUGGCUAAAAAAUCUGCCAAGCGGUCCCGCACUGAACGUGCCACAGUUAGUAGUCAACAGAAAGAAGAUGUGACUGAAGAUAGCUCCAGCCCAGGAACAAGUGAUACUAAAAAUAAGUCUAGCUUCAGUGGAAAUAGAAUCUUCUGCGGCAGAAAAUGA